CGUGGACCCGCGGGCCGGAGAAGCUGCGGGUUUCUUUUCCCGGAGGCGGACCUGGGCGGCGGGAACGGACCUGGGGGGCGGGGCCGGACACCGAAGGCCCCUCCUCCCCAGGCGGGCUUAUUUGGCGGCGGGGGCAUCUGCCAGGAGUCCGCGGUUUGGCUCCCUAGCCGAACGGGCUCUGGCUCCUCCCAGUGGCCGGCCGGGGCGGAAGCAGGAGGCGGGGGCAGCGUGCGCGCUGCUGGUCUCCUCUCCCGCGGCGCUGGGGCCCGCGCUCCGCGGCUGCUGCUACAUUCGGCGCCUCGCAGUCGGCCAGCUCCUCUCCGCGCCCGCCCGCUUCUAGACCAGGCCUCCUCCUCAAGCCCCAGCCCGCGGCGUCGACCCCGCCGGCCCUCUCCCGCCCCGUCUCAUACCGUGGCCGCCGCUGCCGCGGCCCCGGCCCCGAUGGCUCUGUGCAACGGAGACUCCAAGCUGGAGAAUGCUGGAGGAGACCUUAAGGAUGGCCGCCACCACUAUGAAGGAGCUGUUGUCAUUCUGGAUGCUGGUGCCCAGUACGGGAAAGUCAUAGAUCGAAGAGUGAGAGAACUGUUCGUGCAGUCGGAAAUCUUUCCCUUGGAAACACCAGCAUUUGCCAUAAAAGAGCAAGGAUUCCGUGCUAUUAUCAUCUCUGGAGGACCUAAUUCUGUGUAUGCAGAAGAUGCUCCCUGGUUUGAUCCAGCGAUAUUCACUAUUGGCAAACCUGUUCUUGGAAUUUGCUAUGGCAUGCAGAUGAUGAAUAAGGUAUUUGGAGGUACUGUGCACAAAAAAAGUGUUAGAGAAGAUGGAGUCUUCAGUAUUAGUGUGGACAACACAUGCUCGUUAUUCAGGGGUCUUCAGAAGGAAGAAAUUGUUUUGCUUACUCAUGGAGAUAGUGUAGACAAAGUAGCUGAUGGAUUCAAGGUUGUGGCACGUUCUGGGAACAUUGUGGCAGGUAUAGCAAAUGAAUCUAAAAAAUUGUACGGAGCACAGUUCCACCCUGAAGUUGGCCUUACAGAAAAUGGGAAAGUAAUCCUGAAGAAUUUCCUCUAUGAUAUAGCUGGGUGCAGUGGGACCUUCACUGUGCAGAACAGAGAACUUGAGUGCAUUCGAGAGAUCAAAGAAAGAGUAGGCACAUCAAAAGUUUUGGUUUUACUCAGUGGUGGAGUAGACUCAACGGUUUGUACAGCUUUGCUGAAUCGUGCUUUGAACCAAGAUCAAGUCAUUGCUGUGCACAUUGAUAAUGGCUUUAUGAGAAAACGAGAAAGCCAGUCUGUAGAAGAAGCCCUCAAAAAGCUUGGAAUUCAGGUCAAAGUGAUAAAUGCUGCUCAUUCUUUCUACAACGGAACAACAACUCUACCAAUAUCAGAUGAAGAUAGAACUCCACGAAAAAGAAUUAGCAAAACAUUAAAUAUGACAACAAGUCCUGAAGAGAAAAGAAAAAUUAUUGGUGAUACUUUUGUUAAGAUUGCCAAUGAAGUAAUUGGAGAAAUGAACCUGAAACCGGAGGAGGUUUUCCUUGCCCAAGGUACUUUACGGCCUGAUUUAAUUGAAAGUGCAUCCCUUGUUGCAAGUGGCAAAGCUGAACUCAUCAAAACUCAUCACAAUGACACAGAGCUUAUCAGAAAGUUGAGAGAAGAGGGAAAAGUAAUAGAACCUCUGAAAGAUUUUCAUAAGGAUGAAGUAAGAAUUUUAGGGAGAGAACUUGGACUUCCAGAAGAGUUAGUUUCCAGGCAUCCAUUUCCAGGUCCUGGCCUGGCAAUCAGAGUAAUAUGUGCUGAAGAACCUUACAUUUGUAAGGACUUUCCUGAAACCAACAAUAUUUUGAAAAUAGUAGCUGAUUUUUCUGCAAGUGUUAAGAAGCCACAUACACUAUUACAAAGAGUCAAAGCUUGUACAACGGAAGAGGAUCAGGAGAAGCUGAUGCAAAUUACAAGUUUGCAUUCAUUGAAUGCCUUCCUGUUGCCAAUUAAAACUGUAGGUGUGCAGGGUGACUGUCGUUCCUAUAGUUAUGUGUGUGGCAUCUCCAGUAAAGAUGAGCCUGACUGGGAAUCUCUUAUUUUCCUGGCUAGACUUAUACCUCGCAUGUGUCACAACAUUAACAGAGUUGUCUAUAUAUUUGGCCCACCAGUUAAAGAACCCCCUACAGAUGUCACUCCCACUUUCUUGACAACAGGGGUGCUCAGUACUUUACGCCAAGCUGACUUUGAGGCUCAUAACAUUCUCAGGGAGUCUGGGUAUGCUGGGAAAAUCAGCCAGAUGCCAGUGAUUUUGACACCAUUGCAUUUUGAUCGGGACCCACUUCAGAAGCAGCCUUCAUGCCAGAGAUCUGUGGUUAUUCGAACCUUUAUUACUAGUGAUUUCAUGACUGGUAUACCUGCAACACCUGGCAAUGAAAUCCCUGUAGAGGUGGUGUUAAAGAUGGUCACUGAGAUUAAGAAGAUUCCUGGUAUUUCUCGAAUUAUGUAUGACUUAACAUCAAAGCCCCCAGGAACUACCGAGUGGGAAUAAUAAACUUCUUGUUCUAUUAAAGUAUUGUGUUCAGUUUAAAUUGAUUAGAAACCAUUCCCAGUAUUGACAUGUGGUACUGUGAAAAGAGUUACUGGAGCGGCUGCAUCACAUCUGAGUUCUCUACAGCAAAAAUCUGCGGCCUGAGAGCUGAGUCGGGGAUCACUAAAAGGGACUGAAGUGUUUGUACGGGUAUAAUCAAAGCACCAUUGCCUACACGUAUCAGACAGAUUGGCACUGCUUUUGCCUUUGCCUCACUUGUUCUUUAUGUAUAAACUUACUGUUGCUAUUAAUGUCUCUGUCAAUGAAGAUAUAUGAAGGUGGGUGAGUUUGGGGGUAGUAAUAGGCUUCUGUCCCCUUGCCAGUUUCUAAGAGCUGUUAGAAAACACGCGUUAUUUACCAGUGUGACUUAGUAUGUAUGUCUUUCAGAGAAUUUGAAUUUGCUUAUAAGUAACCUUACUCCUCCAAAGGUGGGGGUGAGGGAUGAACAUACCAGAUAAGGUGUAGGUGGGCUGUUCCAACCCUUUUGCAGGACACUGGAGCUAUCAAAUGUAAGCUCCCUUAAGAUGGAAAACACCAGGAAUUUGUUGAAGUACUUUAGAAUAUUAUGACAUUGCAGCCAUGGGAGAAAGAAGCUACGAAUGGUCUUGGUUUAAAAUGUUUUCAAAUCCUGUUCCACAUAGAUGCCAUGGUGUUCAUUGUCAGCCUGUUCAUUAGUGAGGAGCUUUAUCCCCCCACCACCCACCCAUGUUGCCAGCUCCCAAAGCCUUGUGAGGAAGUUUCUGUUCUCUUUCCCGGAAGAGGCCGUCUCUGGUGUAGCAUAAAGUCAGAGUUUUGAUCUCAUUUGGUCAGAGGGCCAGCUCUGAGACCACAGAAACCAUUACACAUGCCCACAGCUUAGACUAUCUAGUAAAGAGUUGUAAAAUGAACUCUUAGAUGUAAUCUGUAGGCAGGUUUAUUACCCACUGUUCAGAAGACUGUAACCAGUCUUGGUGCAUGCAAGAUAUUGCCACACCUUGUAAUCCUCUAUCAUUUGUAGGAUUCAAGAACUUGUAUAGGACUCCUUGCCAUUGCCACUGGUGUCUACCAGAUCCUUUAUAACAUUCGUAUAAGCACUAUAAAAAUAGUACUAGACUUAAAUUCUAUAACCAUUUCUCAAUAUUUUAGCUGUUGUUACUAUUUAAGAACAUUAAAGAGUUUUUCCUUUUUUUUUUUUUAAUUGAGGUGUAAUUGACCUAUAGCAGAUUAGUUUCUGGUGUCAUGUUUUUCUCAUGCCUCUUAUGCAUGUUUUUCUCAUGCCUUCUCAUGCCUUUCUCAGGUUGCUGCCUCUUAUUUUCAAGAUCCUUUGUAUUAAUCAAGUACAAAAUUUUGUUUGGGAUUCAGUAUUAGGUAAAUGGUAAAAUCAUGCAUGGCAGAAGUCUACUUUUUAUUCUGGCUGGCCCAGAGGACAAAAAAACUGUAUUGUCAGACCAGCAAGGGAAGAGCUUCUGUCUGUUGUAACGGAUAUCUGUACCCGAAACAAAGGAGUGUUUGACUUCUACAGAACUUGAAAGGUUCAUUUUCUGUCCUGAUGAUGAGGUAUUCAUACUAGCCUUUUGGAAAGAGGAUGUGUAAGUGAUCUGGCUGUUGGAGUCAUGUUAUCUUAGAGCUGGAAUAGACAACCUCUAAAAGGCUUACAAAUAUUUACAUUUUUGUGAAAAAAUUCCUCUUCUAGCAGAAGUUUUCGAGCAAAUAGGAAACUAGGAAGAACAUAUAGUGAGAGUGUUUUCUUUCUCUGUAUGUUCUAUGGAACACUGCUCCACUGAGCUGAUCCUUGUCAAAAGGGUUAGAUGGUCAUGGAAGUUGGGAAAGUGCUGUUCGCUUUUCCUUCUAUCUUGGAAAGUCAUGGUGUACAUUAUAUUCAAAGCUCUGAGAAAUUUUGAUGUGAAAAACAGUUGUUAAACUUUCUUAACUUGAUGUUUUCCUGAUCUUUGUCUGCUAAACUCUUUUUAUAAUCCUUAAUACUGGAAAAAAUGGUCUCCAAAACACAUCCUGACAUGAUAUAGUAAAAAAGUUAAUUUUGGGGGAAUUUUGAAAUUCCCUAAUAUUUUGAACCCCCUCUUCCUUUGCAAAGCACUUUUUGCUUUGUGUCAUACAGUAUUACUCUGUAUCUUCACAGUAUGUCAUCCAAGCAGCUGAGAAAAGUUAAGAUUAUAGUCCAUUUUACAUUAAGGAAACAAGCUCAGCUUAGUAAGGGUUACCUAAUGAAAUUCAGAAUGAAAUAUGAUCCUUGGUAGAUUAUGACUGCAUUCCCAUCAAAUUAAAUAUAUUUUGUUCCUUCGUACUGAUUAGGAGUAGGUAGGCAGGUCAAAGCAUCAUUUAUUCCCCAAAUUGUCAGGCUUGCCUUGAAAAGGUACUUGCCUUUCAAGUACCCAGUUUCACCUUAAUGGUGCUAUUUUAAUCAUCACCUGUUUUAGAAAUAACAUGACCUGGCAUAAUUUCGGAAGGUCGGUCUUUAGAUGUAUCUGGGAGAUGGGUUACACUGUUUUUCCAUCUUUUGCUGCCCCUUCAUCCUGAGGUAGCUGCCUUCAUGUAGCCAAACAAGCAUCAUAAAAGUUUUUUUCUCACUGUUUGGGCUUAUCUCCUGAUAGCCUAUUUUACUGUAUAAAUGAAUCAAAUCCCCUAAGAAUGAGGGCAUUCAGAUUAGGUAGGUGGGACUGUCCAUCUUCAAUGCUUUUGUGCUGACGCUAAACAGCUGUGUGAACGAUUAAGUAAUUUGUUUCUUUAUCUGUAAGAUGAGACAGUUGGGUUAAAUUUACAUGAAAUUCAGCCAUAAAUUUUUCAUAAAUAACAAGGAAAAGCAUAGGAGGAGACAGAAUGGAGAAAUUGAGGGGUUUUUUUUAAGUUCUUUUAACAUUAGAUAUGACCUUACGCCAGUCAAAGGUAAACAUCAAAAUACAGUGUAAAGUCAAAUAUUAAUUACCUUGUUUUUUGAAGCUGUAAUAUAGAUCCGCAAAAUUUGACUACUUGAGAAUCUUCUGUUGUGACCAUGACACUUGGAAAAUAUCCAUUAAUAGAAUGAAAAGUCUCCCAUAAUCAGUUAUCUGUAGCUAAUUGUUGGCAGAGCUGGAGCUAGAAUCCAGGCUUUUCUGUUUCUCUCUAUUGAAGAGGUAAUCCUCUAAGGCCUUUAAAGACAAGGCUUAACAGGAAGUUCUCCUUGUAUAGUUGACCCAUCAGGGAUAAAUGUAUUUCUAAAGUGUAAAUCAUGUCCUUACUUACAAUAAGUAGUUUCUGUCAUGCCCAAUGUUAUACCCCUCUUUCUUUUUAUUAUUCCUCUCCACUACUCUCCAUACCCUCCUCCUCUCUCCUACUGUUUCCUGAAUUUUCAUUGGAAUGUGGUAAGGACACACUUUAGCUAUUACCUCAAUGGGUAUUCCUUUCAUUGGCCCAAAUUCAGAAAGUAUUAGGGAACUGAGUAUAAGCUGGAUCUCUAUACCCUUGGAAAUUCCCCCCCGCCCUUGUUCUUACUGAGGUAGUUUAGCCGUGCAGGUGAUAGAGGGAACCAGGGUAUCCGUUUUUUCUUUUUUUUUUUUUUUUAACCACUGCAGGGCUUUGACAAUAGUAACGGUGGUAUCCUUGGCUCUUACGUUCCUGACCAUUUCAUUUAAUGACAAGUGAAGAGAUUCGGAAUCCCUCCCCACCCCCCCGCCAAGAGUGCCAAAAUGCCAGGUCUCAAACAUAGUCUUCUGUAUUGAAGAGGCCCAGGUAUUCUACCCAACUCUGACCUUUUGUCAGUGGUUCUCAACCCUGGAUGCUUAUUAUUACUACCUGAGUAAUUAAAUCUGUAUAAUGUCUAGACCCCACAAUCAAGUCAAUUAAAUUAGAAUCUUCGCAGAGCCCAAUUAUUGAUAGUUUUAAAUCUCUCCGCUCCAAAGAAAUACUACUGAGGAAUAUACCUGGCCUAUCUAGUUAUGGCUUAAAAUCUUAGUCAAGUCUAUGAGAGAAAUGAUAAGAGGAGGCCACAGAUAAUGUAUUGCUGAAGACGUCCUAGCUAAAUUACUUCAGAACAAGGGACCAGACUGGAAUUGAUCCUAUGUAUACUGUAUGGUAGGUCAGACACUCUGAGGGCGUUUGGUCUACAGCUGACGUAAAUGUUAACCCUUGUUGAGGUCCAUGCAACAACGACCUAGGCGUCUCUCAGCCUCUCCUCACUCCUUUUGCUUUUUGUCACAGAAAAGAAACCCAUCCCUAUGCUGUAGCCACCUCUCUGAACUUGACUGUAGCUAGAUCAUGAAACACACUGAGCUCUUCUUACUCCACCAACUGAGAAAUCCUUCUGGAGCUGUGUCAUUUGGAUAUAAUUUGUCAGCUGGAGAGUACCUACCUGUAACCUAUGUUCCCGGAAUGAGAAUUUUUUGAACAGUCCCAUUUUAAGUGACCUAUCAUUAGUGUCUUUGUUCACUGGUGGAUCCCAUGGCAUCUUUUGACCUUGGUAAGGGCUCCUUGAUUAGCAAAAUUGGGAGACUUUGGGGAGAGUUUGGCUCUUUCUUGGGUAUACGAAGUUCAGUAGCUCUGAAACCUUCUAAGUUGUCCACGAAGCCUGAACCUUAAGUAAUCCAAGUGGAGUAAUGCCUUUGGAGAAUACAGAUAUUUAAGGUAAGUAAUUUUCUGUCUUUGAACCUACUGUGACAUUGUUACAACCUUAUGGUAUUAAAUGAAGAAGUGAAUGUAACCUUUUGAACAGAUUUUUUUAUAAAGAAGUAUUUUGUUAAUUGGAAUAAGUAGUAUAGUUGUGAAAUCACUAUGUAAUUGUUUAUGGUAUACUGAUACAUUCUUGUAUGUUGUGGUAAUGGCAUAAAAUAGCUUUGCCAAAUCAAUAUGAAUGACUUUAAUGCCUUUUGUUUUCAAUAUACUUCAUAAAGGAAAAAUGAUGACUUUCAUAACUUGUCAUUAACCUUCAGUGUUUAUGAGAAAGUCAGUGAAGGACAGACAUUACCAGGGUACGGGAAGUAAGAAAUUGCAUAUACUGUCAGACGUUUCUGGAUAAUAAAUUUAAUCUAUUUCUCUUCUAUAUAAGGAAGGGUGUCAGGGUUUUGCCCAGAGUGUAACAGUGGACAUGGUAGAAACAAAAUAUUGGGUAGCUUUUUAAGUGAAUAGCUAGAAGGGUGUGUGUAUGUGUUUCCAAAAUUAAAGUCCUAUACACACGCAC